GUUGACGUCACGUACUUCGCCAAUCACCCUGCUCCGCCGUCGCCCUGUGGAGGCUGUGUUCACAGUAUCUGCUAAUCGUUGUUUUUCGGGUGAAGAUGGCUGCAGGUCCUCUCUCUGUAUCUUCCAACGCGUCUACUAACAACGAUGGCAUUCUUAUUGGCGACAAAGUUUACUCAGAAGUGUACCUUACGAUCGACAACUCGCUUAUACCGGAGGAGAGGCUCUCGCCGACGCCUUCGAUGCUCGACGGCCUCGACCUCAACACGGAGACCGACCUUCGCAUUCUCGGCUGUGAACUGAUUCAGUCGGCGGGUAUUCUCCUCCGUUUGCCCCAGGUCGCAAUGGCAACUGGGCAAGUACUUUUUCAUCGUUUUUUCUACUCCAAGUCCUUCGUCAAGCACAGUUUCGAGAUUGUUGCUAUGGCUUGCAUCAACUUGGCCUCCAAGAUCGAAGAAGCGCCCCGGCGAAUACGAGAUGUCAUCAAUGUUUUCCAUCACCUGAGACAGCUCAGAGGAAAAAAGACUCCAAGUCCAUUGAUACUUGAUCAGAACUACAUAAAUACCAAAAACCAAGUCAUCAAAGCGGAAAGGCGGGUCCUGAAGGAGCUGGGCUUCUGUGUGCAUGUCAAGCACCCUCACAAGAUCAUUGUCAUGUACCUUCAAGUCCUGGAAUGUGAGAAGAACCAGACACUGGUGCAGACGGCCUGGAACUACAUGAAUGAUAGCCUGAGGACCAACGUGUUUGUGAGAUUUCAAGCUGAGACUAUCGCCUGUGCUUGUAUAUACCUCGCUGCCCGAGCACUGCAGAUACCGCUGCCAUCCAGGCCUCAUUGGUACCUGCUGUUUGGAGCCAGUGAAGAUGAGAUUAAAGAUAUCUGCAUCACCACCCUGAAACUCUACACCAGGAAGAAGCCUAACUAUGAGCAGCUGGAGAAGGAAGUGGAGCGAAGAAAGGUGUUCUUGGCAGAGGCUAAGCUGAAGGCCAAGGGCCUGAAUCCUGAUGGUACUCCUGCACUGUCCACACUGGGUGGUUUCUCUCCUGCUUCCAAACCCUCCUCCCCAGUGGUUAAGGUGGAAGAGAAAUCCCCGAAUCCCCAGAACCUCAAACCAGUUAAAAAGGAGCCAGACGCCCGGACCCAGCUCAACAAGAGUCCACAUAAUGGGUUAAGGAAGGAGGUAAAGAUCGGGAGGAACAGUAGAAGUGGAAGUCGUUCUCGUUCAAGAACGCGUUCGCGUUCGAGAUCACGCUCCGCUCGCAGACAUUACAACAGCAGACGCAGCCACUCAGGGACCUACAGCUCUCGUUCACAUUCUCGCUCUCACAGCCGCAGCCCUUCGCCUCGGCGGCAUCCACCCUCACCCCUCCUCCCCCAUCUUAAAUCGAAGUCCAGUCACCAUGGCAAUAGUGACUCCAAGCCCAGCGGCCGUCAUAGCAACAGCGGAGGUGGAGGGUCCGGUCAUAAGAGGAAGCGGUCGCGCUCUCGGUCGCGGUCCCGCAGUCCAGUCAAAGUAGAAAGGGACCGGGACAGAGAGAGGGAACGUGAGAGAGACAGAGACCGCAGCUCCUUCGACCUGUCAUCAAAGAAACACAAACACGAGCGAGGAGGUGGCCAUCGAGACAGGAGGGACAGGGAGAGGUCCCGGUCGUAUGACAGGGACAGAGAGAGGGAGCGUAGCCACAAGAGCAAACACCACAGCAGUAGUGGGCACUCAGGACAUAGUCGUCAUCGCCGCUGAGACCCACACCAACACACUCUGGCUCUGGAGCUGAUGGUCACUAUAAUAUUUUGAGUAUGUGCAAAUCAAGUUAGACAUGUCCUCUGAAUAUUAGAAUAUAUUUAACAUUGGCAGGAGUCACGUCAGCAGAUGUACCUUGAAAAAUUAAAUACAGAAGUUAACCAAACAUUUGCUUAAUAUGAUAGGUGACAUUUUUGAAACUUGCAUUAUUGAAGACCAAAAACUUCCAGUUGAGUCCAAAGCGUCCUCGCUGCCCUGACUGGGAGAACAUGUUUCAUUUGAUUUGCUUUUUUUGUAUACCAGCAGAUCUCCUUCCUGCUUAGUUUGAGUUUCUCAUGCACACCCUGCAUCUAACCACCAAAGUUACAUUUUUUUUUAUUUUCAAGUUUUAAAAAAAUUUGCUAGUAUUAUGAUUGAUCACAGUGAAUCACCAUUUGUCUCAAUGGCACGCAAAUGACUUUGAGAUGACCUUGUGUUGCUUUGAGUCUCAUACAGAGCAGCAGAUCUGUAGCUGACAUUUGGUUUAGAUGGUUAGUACUUUUGCAUCUGAAGGCAGACUGCAACUGCGAUGGACCACCAUGAGGCGCUCUACUGUUAGGUUUACAAGUAUGGAGACUUCUUUAAACAUCUGCCCAGACAGGUAGAGGCAAGGCUGCAGUGUGACAUCAGCUCCAGACUCCUCCAUAUAUCCUGACAAAACAUCUGGCUUACCCCCCCCCCCUUUUUUUUUUUUUUUUUUUUUUUUUGUUGUUGAUUUUUACAUAUGUUAUUGACAUUGGGGGGGGACUUAUUUACAGUGUAAAGAUGGAUUGAUGACCACUGACGAAAUGUGAAUGCUUUGAUUUAUAAAAGCAAACUGCUCAGUGGACGUACUGAAUAAAUGUAAAAUAAAUGUCAUUCAGGAAAGAUCAAUGUUUGCACAGUCUGUUUUCUUUUUUUUUUAUUGAACACGUAUUUGUUGCUGAUGCUGUAUUUUGUACAGUUUCAAAAGAAUACUGUAGGUGACUUUUUUUUGUCCUCCCAGCCGGGAAUGCAGACUUCAUGCAAAAAUAUUUUAGGGUUGUUCAUUUUGUUACACUGGUUUUUAGUCUGCAUGUGUUCAUGUCCAAUUUUUAUUCAGUAAUAAAUGAGCUAUGCCACUGAA